AUGAAUCAAUGGUUAGCACCAGUUAAAAUAUAUGGAAUAACACAAGAUCCAGAAACGUUAAAUGUUAUGGUUGUAUUACAGGAAAUGAAUUUAGGCAGUUUGAGAUCUAAUUUAAUGAUAAAAAAAUAUAAUCCAAAUGACAAAUACAUGGAUUUAUAUGCUAUUACAAGAAUGCUUUCAGCUUUACAUGAUUGUAAUUUAAUACAUGGUGAUUUCCAUAGUGGUAAUUUACUUUUAAAAAGUUUACAUAUCAUAAAUAUUAGUGAUUUUGGAUUAAGCAAACCAGCUAAUGAGUCCAAUAAAUCGAAUAAAAUUUAUGGAGUACUUCCUUAUAUAGCGCCUGAAGUUUUGCGUGGAAAACCAUUCACAAAAGCUGCUGAUAUAUACUCUCUUGGUAUUAUAAUGUGGGAAAUGACUUCUGGCAUUCCUGCUUUUAAUAGCGUACCUCAUGAUUUUAAUCUUUCCUUAGAUAUUUGCAAAGGGCUAAGACCAAAGAUUGUCAAAGAUACUAUGCCUGAAUAUGCAGAAUUAAUGGAAAGAUGUUGGGAUUCUAAUGCUGAUAAUAGACCAACUGCUAAAGAAUUAGUAGGAUACUUUGUUAAGUGGCAGAAUGAAUUUUCUAGUAUAUAUACAGAAAGAAUUCCUAUACCAGUAGAAGGAUUGAUUAUUCUGCAAAAUUAA